UAUGCACACACUAAGGCCUCCAACAAUAACUGUUGACUUUAUUUUCAGACAGAGAAGCCUGGCAACCAGGAACUGGUUUUUUGGUGAUUUACAAGAACUUAACUGAAUUGGAAAAUAUUUGCUUUAAUGAAACAAUUUACUCUUGUGCAACGCUAAAUUGUGUCAAUCAAGCAAAUAAGGAAGAAAGUCUUAUUUAUAAAAUUGCCUGCUCCUGAUUUUACUUCAUUGCUUCUCAGGCUCCAAGAAGGGGGAAGAAAAAUGAAGAUUUUGAUACUUGGUAUUUUUCUGUUUUUAUAUAGUACCCCAGCCUGGGCGAAAGAAAAGCAUUAUUACAUUGGAAUUAUUGAAACGGCUUGGAAUUAUGCCUCUGACCAUGGGGAAAAGAAACUUAUUUCUGUUGACACGGAACAUUCCAGUAUCUAUCUUCAAAAUGGCCCAGAUAGAAUUGGGAAAGUAUAUAAGAAGGCCAUUUAUCUUCAGUACACAGAUGAAACCUUUAGGACGACUAUAGAAAAACCACUCUGGCUCGGGUUUUUAGGCCCUAUUAUUAAAACUGAAACUGGUGAUAAAGUUUAUGUACACUUAAAAAAUCUCGCCUCUAGGCCCUACACCUUUCAUUCACAUGGGAUAACUUACUAUAAGGAACAUGAGGGGGCCAUCUACCCUGAUAACACCACAGGUUUUCAAAGAGCAGACGACAAAGUAUUUCCAGGAGAGCAGUAUACAUACAUGUUGCUUGCCACUGAAGAACAAAGUCCCGGUGAGGGAGAUGGCAAUUGCGUGACUAGGAUUUACCAUUCCCACAUUGAUGCUCCUAAAGAUAUUGCCUCAGGACUCAUCGGACCUUUAAUAAUCUGUAAAAAAGAUUCUCUAGACAAAGAAAAAGAAAAAAAUAUUGACCAAGAAUUUGUGGUGAUGUUUUCUGUGGUGGAUGAAAAUCUCAGCUGGUACCUAGAAGACAACAUUAAAACCUACUGCUUAGAACCAGAGAAAGUUGACAAAGACAAUGAAGACUUCCAGGAGAGUAACAGAAUGUAUUCUGUGAAUGGAUACACUUUCGGAAGUCUCCCAGGACUCUCCAUGUGUGUUGAAGACAGAGUGAAAUGGUACCUUUUUGGUAUGGGUAAUGAAGUUGAUGUGCACGCAGCUUUCUUUCAUGGGCAAGCAUUGACCAACAAAAACUACCAUAUUGACACAAUCAACCUCUUUCCUGCUACCCUGUUUGAUGCUUUUAUGGUGGCUCAGAACCCUGGAGAAUGGAUGCUCAGCUGUCAGAAUCUAAACCAUCUGAAAGCUGGUUUGCAAGCCUUUUUUCAGGUCCAGGAGUGUAACAAGUCUUCAUCAAAGGAUAAUACCCAUGGGAACCAUGUUAGACACUACUACAUUGCCGCUGAGGAAAUCAUCUGGAACUAUGCUCCCUCUGGUAUAGACAUCUUCACCAAAGAAAACUUAACAGCACCUGAAAGUGACUCAAAGGUGUUUUUUGAACAAGGUCCCACAAGAAUUGGAGGCUCUUAUAAAAAGCUGGUUUAUCGUGAGUACACAGAUGCCUCCUUCACAAAUCGAAAGGUGAGAGGCCCUGAAGAAGAGCAUCUUGGCAUCCUCGGUCCUGUCAUUUGGGCAGAGGUAGGAGACACGAUCAGAGUAACCUUCCAUAACAAAGGGGAAUAUCCCCUCAGUAUUGAGCCAAUUGGGGUGAGAUUCAGUAAGAACAACGAGGGCACACACUACUCCUCACAUUACAAGACCCAGAGUGGAAGUGUGCCUUCUUCAGCCUCCCAUGUGGCACCCACAGGAACAUUCACCUAUGAAUGGACAGUCCCUGAAGAAGUAGGACCCACUUAUGCAGAUCCUGUAUGUCUAGCUAAGAUGUAUUAUUCUGCUGUGGAUCCCACUAAAGAUAUAUUCACUGGGCUUAUUGGACCAAUGAAAAUAUGCAAGAAAGGAAGUUUACAUGCAAAUGGGAGACAGAAAGAUGUAGACAAGGAGUUCUAUUUGUUUCCUACAGUAUUUGAUGAGAAUGAGAGUUUACUCCUGGAGGAUAAUAUUAGAAUGUUUACAACUGCACCUGAUCAGGUGGAUAAGGAAGAUGAAGACUUUCAGGAAUCUAAUAAGAUGCACUCCAUGAAUGGAUUCAUGUAUGGGAAUCAGCCUGGUCUCAGUAUGUGCAAAGGAGAUUCAGUUGUGUGGUACUUAUUCAGCGCUGGAAAUGAGGCCGAUGUACAUGGGAUAUACUUUUCAGGAAACACGUAUCUGUGGAGAGGAGAACGGAGAGACACAGCAAACCUCUUCCCCCAAACAAGUCUUACUCUCCUCAUGUGGCCUGACACAGAGGGGACUUUUAAUGUUGAAUGCCUUACAACUGAUCACUACACAGGCGGCAUGAAGCAAACAUAUACUGUGAAAAAAUGCAGACAGCAGUCUGAGGAUUCUACCUUCUACCUGGGAGAGAAGACAUACUAUAUUGCAGCAGUGGAGGUGGAAUGGGAUUAUUCCCCACAAAGGAAGUGGGAAAAGCAGCUGCAUCAUUUACAAGAGCAAAAUGUUUCCAAUGCAUUUUUAGAUAAGGAAGAGUUUUACAUAGGCUCAAAGUACAAGAAAGUUGUGUAUCGACAGUAUACUGAUAGUACGUUCAGUGUUCCAGUGGAGAGAAAAGCAGAAGAAGAACAUCUGGGAAUUCUAGGUCCACAACUUCAUGCAGAUGUUAAAGACAAAGUCAACAUUAUCUUUAAAAACAUGGCCACGAGACCCUACUCAAUACAUGCCCAUGGGGUACAAACGGAGAGUUCUACAGUUAUUGCAACAUUACCAGGUGAAACUCGAACUUACGUAUGGAAAAUCCUAGAAAGAUCUGGAGCUGGAGAAGAGGAUUCUGCUUGUAUUCCAUGGGCUUACUAUUCAACUGUGGAUCAGGUUAAGGAUCUCUACAGUGGAUUAAUUGGCCCACUGAUUGUUUGUCGAAAACAUUACUUGAAAGUGUUCAAUCCCAGGAAGAAACUGGAAUUUGUCCUUCUGUUUCUAGUUUUUGAUGAGAAUGAAUCUUGGUACUUAGAUGACAACAUCAAAACAUACUCUGAUCACCCUGAGAAAGUAAACAAAGAUGAUGAGGAAUUCAUAGAAAGCAAUAAAAUGCAUGCUAUUAAUGGAAGAAUGUUUGGAAACCUACAAGGCCUCACAAUGCAUGUGGGAGAUGAGGUCAACUGGUAUCUUAUGGGAAUGGGCAAUGAAAUAGACUUACACACUGUACAUUUUCAUGGCCAUAGCUUCCGAUACAAGCACAGGGGCAUUUAUAGUUCUGAUGUCUUUGACAUUUUCCCUGGAACAUACCAAACCCUAGAAAUGUUUCCAAGAACACCUGGAAUCUGGUUACUCCACUGCCAUGUGACUGACCACAUUCAUGCUGGAAUGGAAACAACUUACACCGUUCUACAAAAUAAAGCAUCUUCUGAGACUCACAGGAGAAUAUGGAAUGUAAUCUAUCCAAUCACAGUCAGUGUGAUUAUUUUAUUCCAAAUAUCUACCAAGGAAUGACCAGGAGAAUAAGGUUUCACCAUGUUGGCCAGGCUGGUCUCAAACUCCUGAUCUCAGGUAAUCCACCUGCCUCACCUCCCAAAGUACUGGGAUUACAGGCAUGAGCCACAGCACCUGGCUGACAUUCUUUAGGGUACAAAAUUAUUUAAAAUGUAGGUCACUUCAGUCAUAGACAAAUUUUACUUGUAUUUUUAACUCCUGCGUAAAUAAGAUACCUGGUAAUAGAAAACUAGGUUAGAUUUUAUAAUAAAUUAUUAAAAAUAAGACGGUACGUUUUUGUAAUGGGUAAUGUAUGAGUUAAAUUUAAGGUAUUAUUCCAUUAUCUUACCAGAUCCUCUGAUGUUCUUAAUGGUGUGGUGUCAGGAGGCUGCCUCUUAGACAAUCUCCAGAUGUACUGUGAUGUGAGCUUGAAAAAGAGUUCCUGAAGUAACACAUCUGGGAGACAUGCCACUAUCUGAGCUUCCCAAAAGUCUACCAAGAGCUGAGGUGUUGUAUCUUCAUCCUUAGCACAAAGCACCUUGAAAACAGUAAAAGAAGCCUAUAUAUUACAGAUAAAUACAGCACUGAUAAAGCAACAGCUGGGCUGAAUAUCAUAUCAUCACAUGGGCCAUGUAAUUAAUAAUUUACCAUUAGCAUUAGUGCCAUGGCAAAAGCAAAUUUAGGCAUUUUAAAAGGAAACAGAUUCUAGGUUGUACAAAUAAAGUUUUUCCAGAUGUAGUCUUUUAAUACUUUUAUCUUAUGAACUGAUUAUGUAUUUCUGUUUUUUCAAUAAACAAA